AACUUUCUUGCCAAACCAAGGUCAUUUAUGUAAUCUCCAACUACGAAUGAAAUUCCUUUUUUGCCAUCUAAAAACUUUCUAAUUUCCUAAAAACAGGACUUGACGAUUGAACAACACACACUUCAGUUUCAGUCUCAGAGAGAGAUUGGUGGCAUUAAUGGCGGAGGAGGAGAGGACGCGUGAGUACAGCGAGGAGAGCGUGAAGCUGUUCGUAGGUCAAGUGCCGAAACUAAUGACGGAACAACAGCUUCUGGAUAUGUUCAAAGAGUUCGCAGUUAUUGAUCAAGUCAACAUCAUCAAAGACAAGACUACUCGAGCUUCUCGAGGGUGCUCUUUUCUGAUUUGCCCGUCCAGAGAAGAAGCGGACAAGGCUAUAACUGCUUGUCACAAUAAACAGACGCUUCCUGGGGCUUCUAGUCCGUUGCAAGUGAAGUAUGCUGAUGGCGAGUUGGAAAGGCUAGAGCACAAGCUUUUUGUGGGUAUGUUGCCAAAGAAUGUCUCUGACCCCAAAGUCUCCUCAUUAUUCUCUGAAUAUGGGACCAUUACAGAUUUGCAAAUUCUCAGAGGUUCUCAGCAAACUAGUAGAGGAUAUGCUUUUCUGAAGUAUGAGAAAAAAGAGCAAGCAGUUGCAGCAGUAGAGGCCCUUAAUGGAAAGCAUAUCAUGGAGGGUGCAACUGUCCCUUUGGUAGUCAAGUGGGCUGAUACGGAAAGGGAAAGGCAAGCUAGGAGGGCUCAGAAAGCUUUAUCUCAGGCAUCUAAUGCUUCCAACUCUGGACAGCAUCCAUCUAUAUAUGGAUCUCUAUCCAUGGGUUAUAUGACGCCAUAUAAUGGCUAUGCUUAUCAGACUCCUGGGACAUAUGGGCUCAUGCAGUACCGUCAACCGUCAGUGCAGAAUAUGGUUCCAUCUAUAAACCAAGGAGGUACUCCACGUGGAGUUGCACCUGGUCUAACACCUGGAACUACCCAAAGAAAUUAUGCCAUGUCACCUGGAAGCUAUCUGGCAUCUGCUUACAGGGCUGCACAAGGGCUUCAAUAUCCCACACACUAUCCUGGAGGCAUUACUGGCUAUCUACCUCCUUAUACCGCAAACAGGCAUUCUGCAGAAUCUUCAAGUGCCGGUUCAAAUACAGGGAGUCAAGUUGAAGGUCCAGGUGGUGCUAAUUUAUUUAUUUACCACAUUCCUCAAGAAUUUGGUGAUCAGGAGCUUGCAAACACAUUUCGAGAAUUUGGGACGGUCUUGAGUGCCAAAGUUUUUGUGGACAAAGCUAGUGGUGUUAGUAAAUGUUUUGGAUUUGUAAGUUACGACUCUCCAGACGCUGCACAAUCUGCAAUCAAAAUGAUGAAUGGUUUCCAACUAGACGGGAAAAAAUUGAAGGUUCAGCUUAAAAGAGAAAAUAAACAGAACAAACCUUAUUUUGAUAUAUAUAAAAGGUGAUGAGUGGAAGGAAACUGAUUCUUUGCAUCAGUGGGUCCCAUUUUAAGCCACUAUGGAGUUGCUACAUUAACAGCCAGUGGGAGGUGAUUGUAAACAUUUAGCAGUGACAUAGCAACUGAAUGUUAAUUGUAGUUCCCUUGUACCACUAUAAUCUGUAACAUUUGUAAAUUCAUUGAUUCUUCUAAUUGAUAUGAUUGUCAUUAAGUAUA